AUGUCAAAGAAACUCGAUAAACUGAUCUUGCGUCGUAACACUCUUUUAAGCCGCCUUUCGGAAUCGAUGAUAGCUGGUCGUGAUCUUCCCGAUGAUCCUUUUGAACAUGAUAUUUUUCUUCAAAGAGCCCAAGACUCUGAGGAGAUCUACAAAGAAUUCAAAUUACUACACAAUCAAAUCAUCGGUCUGAUAACCGAUGAAGACUUUGAAACUCACGAUCAAAUUCGUAAAGAAGCUGACAUUAAUUUUUACACCAUCAAAGCCCUCGUGCAUAAAUUAAAUCUAGUUUCUCAAAAACUACAAAUCGAUUUAUUAUUGGGUGCAGAAUUGGUCCCGAAGAUACUCACUGGUGGGCGUGUACUUGGGGAAUCUAGUGAUCCGGUUGCCGUUGAUUCCGUCUUCGGGUGGAUCGUGAUGGGACGUUCAAGUUCCUCUUCUGGAACUUCCAUAGCUACAUGCUUAUCGACAACGGAAUCAUCUCUCGAUCAUUCAAUUCAACGCUUUUGGGAAUUAGAAUCAAUUCCCAAAGAAGCUUCCUUAACCACAGAUGAAAAACAAUGCGAACGUCAUUUUGUGGAAAAUUAUAAGCGUACUGUUUCUGGACGCUUUGUCGUGUCAUUACCCUUUAAAAAUGAUAAACAAGUUUUAGGUCACUCUUAUCAAAUUGCAGUAAAACGUCUUACCUCCUUAGAGUUUCGUCUUUCAAAAAAUUCCUUAAUGCGUAAAGAGUACGUACAAUUCAUGAAAGAUUAUUUGGAGUCUGGUCAUAUGUCUGCUGUGCCGCCCCCUAAAACGCCGUUAUCAGAAGCUUAUUAUAUUCCCCAUCAUUGUGUCAUGCGCACUGACAGUCCUUCUACAAAGUUUCGAGUUGUUUUCGACGCUUCUAUGUCAACGUCCAAUGGAAAAUCUUUAAAUGAUCUCCUUCAUGUAGGACCUAAACUACAACAGGACAUUAGUCAAAUUUUAUUGUUGUUCCGAUGUUAUCCUUUCGCAUUUACCUGCGAUAUAAAGCAGAUGUACAGACAGAUCCUUAUAUCUCCAAUGCAAAGGGACUUUCAAAGAAUUCUGUGGCGAUUCUCUCCAGACAAUCCAAUACAAGAGUAUGUGCUUAAUACGGUAACUUAUGGCAUCUCCUCAGCUCCUUUUCUUGCCCUCAGAACACUUGUAGAAUUAUCAGACAUCUAUCAUCAGGAAUUUCCGAGAGCGUCCAAAGCCCUAAAACAUAAUAUUUAUGUUGAUGAUAUUGUAGUUAGUAGUCCAACAAUAGAAGAAGCACUAAAUUUACAAGAAGAAUUAAUAGCUUUAUUAAAAAAGGGGAAGUUUGAACUCCGUAAAUGGGCCAGUAACUGCCCUGAAAUUCUAAAUCUGGUUUCUGAGUCCGAUGUCCAACAACCUAUUUCGCUGGACUACGACGAAAUCAAUUAUAUAAAGGUUUUGGGUCUCCAAUGGGAUCCCUGUACAGAUGAGUUUAGAUAUUCAUAUUCAGCUAGAACGUCAAGUUGCACAAAAAGAAACAUCCUUUCUGAUGUGGCACGGAUUUAUGACCCGCUUGGCUUUUUAACUCCCUGUACAUUGAAGGCCAAACAUUUUAUUCAACAAUUGUGGCAAAUAAAAAGCGAUUGGGAUGAAAUCGCCCCUUCAUUGAUGGCCUCAAAUUGGAAUAAAUUUAAAUCUCAAUUGGAACUAUUAUCUGUAAUUCGUUUACCUCGAUUAAUGAUCCCAGACAAUUCUAGUUCUCUUCAACUUCACGUCUUUUGCGAUGCUUCUCAGGUGGGCUACUGUGCAGUGGCGUAUUUGCGUAGCCAAUAUUCCUCUCAAGUUGUCAGCACUUCCUUUGUUUGUGCCAAAUCCCGCGUAGCCCCAUUGAAAGUCAUAUCGGUUCCUCGCCUUGAGCUCUGCGGAGCUACUCUUUUAGCCGAUCUGGUUAAGAAUGUUCUUGAAUAUCUAUCACCUACAAUAAAAAUAGAUUCUGUUACUGCUUGGACAGACUCUCAGGUAGUGCUAAAUUGGAUUAAUUCCGAACCUUGUACAUGGAAAGUGUUCAUCGCAAAUCGCGUCAGUCAUAUUCAAGAAAUUGUUCCGUCGGAGUCAUGGAGAUAUGUUCCGUCUCUCGAAAAUCCUGCUGAUUGUGGCUCGCGGGGAUUUUAUCCUGGUCAAUUGUCAACAUUUGAUUUAUGGUGGAAGGGUCCAUCUUGGUUGAUUGACGACAGCAACAAUUGGCCUGCCAAUCCAAUUCGUAAUUUUAUUCAAGAAGAUAUCCUUAAAGAAAAAAGAACGAUUACAGUUAAUUCUACUGAAACACAACUGUCAUUUUUUGAUCAUUUACUUACCAAAUUUUCUUCCUUGUCAAAGGUUAAACGUAUCAUUGCCUACAUGAGGCGGUUUAUUACUCAAAUUCAACGAAAAAGAUCAUCUUAUUCCAUAUUAUUAUCUCCUAUUGAACUUCAGAGUGCUCUCUAUUCAAUUAUAAAACAUGUACAACAUCAACACUUUCCGGAUGUAUAUCAAGCCAUCUUAAAAAAUCAAUUACCUAAAAAACCAUUCCAUAAGCUGGCUCUAUUUAUUGACCGAGAUGGAUUGAUGAGGGUGGGUGGACGCUUGAAGAAUUCGGACAUGCCAUUUGAACAGAAACAUCCUUUGUUACUUCCAAGUGACUCCCGAUUGAGCGAAAUGAUAAUUGAAAAAACCCAUCAGUCAUUUUUACAUCCAGGACUUCGUACUUUACAUUGCCUUCUUUUACAACAGUUUUGGAUUGUUUCUGCGAGAAAG